AUGGCUGCACAAACACAAGCUCGACUAGACGAGUUAAAGAAAACGAUUCCAUCGCCGAGCAGAACGGGACCCGUCCUUGAUACCAAAGUUCCAAUUGCUAAAAUAUAUAAACACGAAUGUGCGGGUGAUUCACCGAUUCUUAUAAUCCAAGGAAAAGAGAGUUCUGUCGAUGUCGAACAAGAAAUAUUUGCUCGUGAUGACAGCUUUCGCAACUUAAUUACUAUUACUGAUAUUAUUAUUUCGAAAAAACCGGCUGUAUUACCGGAAAUUUUGACACAUAAACGUUCAGCACCUGCAGAAAAACCAAUUGCAAUUGCUCAAGUGCAGGUUCAUUACCAAUGGCAUGAUGGUAAAUGGCUCGACUGUGAGGAUGCUAAAAUAGCAAUUGCAUCUGGACAACAAGAUGAUCGACGAAAAAUAGUUACAUCUAUAUUAAACAUUGAACCGGAUAAACUAAUCUCGGUUUCCAUAUAUGCAGCUAUACGAGUAAAGGGUAAUCCUAAUAGAAAUAAUAUGACUCGUUCUCGUGCUCAUAGAAGCCUUCCUCAACCACUCAAACUCAAAAUUAUCUUUACCGAUAAUCUGUCAAAGACCUGCUCGCUUAUUGUCGAACAGAUGAACCGUCCUCUUCAAAUUAUUACCAAAGAAUCAUUUCUUAAAAGCAAGGAAAACGAUGUGAACAAACUAAUUGCAUUCGUUUAUGUGGAUGAUUGCGAAUAUGAUGAGCGUAGUUACAUUGCAGUUUAUAUUGAUAAAGAGCAUCAUGUGGUUAUUGGUGAUGAAGGAAGUUAUACAUUUAUGAAUAAGACACAAAUACGUACUAGACAGUUUAAUGCCAAGAAAAGUGGAAAAACCGAAGAACUCAUUGAGUUCAUUAGCAGAAGUGACAAAAUAGUAACAUCACUCUUCGAUCCAGAAACCUUUCUGCUUUAUGCUAUUCGUAUUGAACUGACAAGUACAACAUCGAAAACAGUCGAAACAGUACUUUUACCAUUGGACGAAAUAAAAUGA